GGAUCAUAAACCUGGGUUUCCGUAGUAAGGAACGUUCUAUCAACAUGCCACAUGUCACGCAGAAUUUUCUAUAUAAGUGUCAUCCACUUUUAUGUCAAUGUCCCUCAUUCAGAUUUAUCGAAAAUGCUUAUAUAAAUUCAUCCUAGUAUGAAACAUACGACUCGACACUGCGCAUUGAACGUUGGUAGAACAUUUGUACCGCGUUUUAGGUCUCCUGAAGUUAUCAGUUCUGUAAUGGAUAAAGUAUUCGAAUGAGUAUCCCACUUACCAUUUCCUUAAUUAGUGGUGAACGAUCGUAUGCGAACAUUACGGAACAGGAUACACCAUAUCGAAUAAUCACCCAUAAAGUUUUCUUUAGAGGAGUGUAUGUUGUCGAAGAAGGGAAGUUUAUGGAGCAUCGAUGAUUUUGUUACAGUCAUUGUUGAAAACGGCCGAUCAGCUGAAAAUCAAGGGUCUCUGCGAGGUGCCGGAGAGCAGGGACGGUCCGCCAUCGGUAAGCUUGAGCUCGCCGCCACGUGAACCUGGCACACCCAGGAUAAACUUCAGCAAGCUAAAGAGACACCAUCCACGGUACAAACGAGCAAGAACCACGUUCGAGCCUCGUGCGACGGACUCGAGGCACUACGACAGGUAUAAAGAGGAGGAAUCGAACGAGAAUUACAAUCCAGAGAACAAAGAGAAUCACAGAGACUGGCAGGCCGAAGAUGAAGAUUGCACGGAGGGUACAACAGCAACAGUAGUUUUGGAAACGUGCCAGCGGACCAAUAAUAACAACAAUAACAAUAACAACAACAACAAUAAUAAUAACAACAGCGGUAACGGUACAAACAACAAUAACAACGGUGACAUGUUUUGUCAUACAGGGCUCGGACACUAUGGACACCAUCCGGAUCCUGGGGAAGUCGACCUGCCCCCAGAGACCCAACCCACACCACCCAGUGCCACAUUAGUUGGCACUACCAUCACCCACUUAAGAGAUCCGGAUCAUCAUUCUACAGAGAUUCAGAAUUGUGACAGUGUGAAGAUAAAGUUCGAAACGUUGCACACGAUGGACUCGUCGGACACGAUCGACAUCGAUAGUCACAUGUCGGAUCGGGCGAGCGUCAGUUCGAAGAACGCAGCGGAUAGCGACAACAUGAUGAUGAUCACGCCGGAGCUGCUCGGUUUAAUGCCCUCUGGAAGUUCGGUUCACUCGGAUUCCGGCGAGAACAAUUCGAGGGGCCAUUCCGGACAGUCGAGCUCCCAUCAUCACGGUUCGAAAUCAUGGACUCAGGAAGACAUGGAUGCCGCAUUGGAAGCAUUAAGGAACCACGACAUGAGUCUGACAAAAGCCUCCGCAACCUUCGGCAUACCGUCGACGACGUUAUGGCAAAGAGCGCAUCGGUUGGGCAUAGACACGCCAAAAAAGGAUGGACCAACAAAGUCGUGGAGCGACGAGAGUCUGAACAACGCCCUUGAAGCGCUAAGAACUGGCACGAUCUCGGCGAACAAGGCUUCGAAAGCGUUCGGCAUACCUUCCAGCACGUUGUACAAAAUCGCGAGGAGAGAAGGUAUUAGAUUAGCUGCGCCUUUCAACGCCAGUCCUACCACUUGGUCGCCCGCCGACCUGGAUCGAGCUUUGGAAGCUAUCAGGUCCGGUCAGACGUCCGUGCAGAGAGCAUCCACUGAAUUCGGUAUACCGACAGGAACCUUGUACGGUAGAUGUAAGAGGGAAGGAAUCGAAUUGAGCAGGAGUAAUCCUACGCCAUGGAGCGAGGAUGCUAUGACCGAAGCCCUCGAAGCUGUCAGAUUGGGUCAUAUGAGUAUCAAUCAGGCAGCCAUUCACUAUAAUCUACCCUAUUCGUCGUUGUACGGUCGUUUCAAGAGGGGGAAAUACGAAGAACCAGCAGUCGGUGAUCUAUCGCAAGACGGGAGCAGUCCACAUUUCCAUCAGAGUCCGAAUCAGAAUCAUUCGUCCGCCGUUCCGGAUCAAAUGCCUUACCAAGGCAGCUGAAACUUACCCCUCUAUUAGAGCGUUAAGUUAACUUAAUCAUUGAAAUCGUCUGCUGUCUGUUCGAUCGGAUUCAUUUGAGAGAACAAGAAAAGGAAGCGAAAAACACGUGAAACCAUGCAAGGCCACCGACCAAACUUGUCACAGAACGAUUGGCUGAAGACUUUUACGAGUACACGUAACGGGGUGGAUUUUGUCACACCCGCAGACGAUGGGCGGCGAUGGGAACAGGAGUGGGACACGCAGUAUUAAUGGUGGAUUACCGUUAAGAGAAUAUUAUGUAAAUUGUACGAUUUUUAAUGUCAAACUGAAAACCGUAGACUAAUUCUAAUUUAUAAGAAUUAUUUAUAAAGAACACUUGUACAGUCGGGGGAAAAUCCCGGUAAACCUACUUUUAGCGUGUAAGUCGCCCGCGGGCCGAUCAGCGAGGAUAUAAAAUAUUCUACGAAUGGAUAUGUUUUCACUAAUUUAAAUAACGGAAAGCAACCGGGACCGGUUAACUUAAUUCGUGUUGCGCAUUCAUCGACACACGUUCUCUGUUCUUUCAUUUCUUCCGCAUGUUUUCGUUGAUUCGUUCGUUUUUGAAACGCAGCUUCGUUCUUCUAAUCUCGACACGACCGAGAUUCGUGUAUCCUUGAUGGAACGUGAACGGUGCUUUUGAUAUAUAAAUAAAGGAUUUAUACAUUCGUGAAACGUUUAGGUAAGAUUGAGAAAAAGAAGUAUAGACGUACACGUUCACACUCGUACACUGUAAACAUCGGUACAUACACAGAUACACGUACGCACAUAUACGCGCAUGUAUAUUUACAAAAUUAAAAUACGUAAAGAUGAAAACGACGCUCGAUAAACGUCCCUGAAAAAAAAUGUAAGGUAAUCGUGUAUCUACCUUAUAUUGAUUCGUGAAACUGGAAACACCGAAAUCGUUUUUAAGUUGAAUCACGAUGAGGAAUUUGGGUUCGAAGCUCUUCUUAAAAUUCCAUUGAAGCAAUACUAAGCUUUUCUUGAUUCUCGAGCUGAUUUGGAAAGAUAUAACAAUGAUGCGGAAAUGUAAAUUUAGAAAGGGUACUUGAAAAAUGAGCGUUCGUUCUUGUGUCGUAAUUUCGUUCCGUUGUUUGUUGCAUACCUUGAAUAGAUCGCACAACGUUGCAUUUCUGUUUUCUUCUUC